GGCGGGGGAUGCGGGGCCCGGGCGCAGCAUGCUGUGGGGAGUGGGCCUGGCCGCGCCCCGCUCCUGCGUGGCGGACCUGAGCCGCAACCGCAGCCUGUCGCUGGGGUGGUGCGCGGGGCCCGACGAGCCGCCGCCCGCUUUCUAUGGGGGCGAGAUCGUCGCGUUCCCGCUGGCGGGCGGCGGCGCGGGCGGCACCAUGGCGGCGCUGGGCUCCGACUCCUGGUGGAAGAAGACGCUGUACCUGACGGGCGGCGCGCUGCUGGCCGCCGCCGCCUACCUGCUCCACGAGCUGCUGGCCAUACGUAAAGAGGAAGAGCUUGAUUCCAAGGAUGCUAUCAUACUGCAUCAGUUCUCAAGGCCUAAGAAUGGUGUUCCAAGUUUAUCUCCCUUCUGUCUGAAAAUGGAAACUUACUUAAGGAUGGCUGAUUUACCCUAUCAGAACUAUUUUGAUGGAAAACUUUCCCCUCAGGGGAAAAUGCCUUGGAUUGAAUACAAUCACAAGAAAGUAUCUGGCACCGAGUUCAUUAUUGACUUUUUGGAAGAGAAGCUUGGAGUGAAUUUAAAUAAGCACCUGGGUCCACAUGAAAGAGCUGUUUCCAGAGCUGUGACAAAAAUGGUGGAGGAGCAUUUGUACUGGACUUUAGCUUACUGCCAGUGGGUGGAAAACCUUCACGAGACACAGAAGAUGGUUUCCCUUUUCGGCCCCUUCAGCGACCUGCUGACGUGGAUCUUCUGCCACCUGACCAAAGGGAUUGUGAAGCGGGAGAUGUACGGCCACGGCAUCGGCCGCUUCUCCGAGGAGGAGAUGUACAGGCUGAUGGAGAAGGACAUGCGCACUCUGGCAGGCCUGCUGGGUGACAAGAAGUACAUUAUGGGACCAAACGUUUCCACUGUUGAUGCCACUGUCUUCGGGCAUCUGGCACAGGCAAUGUGGACGCUGCCAGGGACUCGACCAGAGAGACUUAUCAAAGGUGAGCUGAUUAACCUCGCAAUGUAUUGUGAGAGAAUAAGGAGGAAAUUCUGGCCAGAGUGGCACCAUGAUGAUGAUAACACCCUGUAUGAAUCUGAGGAAAGCAGUGAAGCCAGCAAGACUUACUCCCCCUUGCAGGACUUCAGUUUUUAUUCAAGGACAGAAACGUUUGAUGAGGAAGGGAACAGUAUUUCUCAGACCCCUGACACAGAUUACACCGGACACUCGCUCUUUGAUUCGGACGUGGACAUGGAUGAGUACAGAGAUCACGAACAGUACAAGUGAUGUGUACAAGCAUCUCCCACACAAGCUAUUUCUUGGGAUCAGUCUGAUGUUCUUUUUUUCCUUCAGGUCAAGAAGAGGUUUAUACAGCUUUGGAAGAGACCCUUGUGUUUGCCUCAGCUGUCAUAUGCUAGCUGGACUGUUUCAGUCAGGCUGGUUUGAUGUAACUGUUCAGGUGGAGCCAAGGUAAAUGGUUCUUUAAAACAAAGAUGGGUCCAGAAGGCAACAGGACCUUGGAAUCUGCAUUUUUCUUUCUCACAUUCAAAACCAAAUCCUGCAAGCAGGUGGGACAGACCUUGGGGAAGUGGAGCAUUUGCCAGAGCUGGUUUGUGGCGAUAUCUUAUUUUUAUAGGAACGCUUCAAGGACAGAAAUGGAAGACUGGUGCACCUUUGCCAUGGGGGAAAAUGAGUGCUGUAUUGAUCUGGCAGAGUCUCAGAGGGAUUUUGUUUGAUAGCAGCCAAUACUCUGCAUGCAGAUGUUCUUACAGUGCCUGCAGGAAAGAGCUCCCCCCAGUUCUUUCAGACAGUCAAGGCAGGCAGGAGGAAAGCAUUUCUACAGAAAGGAACUUCUGAGUGUUUCUUCUUCUUUGCAGAAGACUGAAGUCACUGCUCUAGAAUAUUCUCACCCAGGAGGGAAAUGUCAGAUUUAAUGUAUAAUCUCCCAACACUCAUCUGCAAUGUCUGUUGGCCAAACUUUUCCUGUGGUUUCAAGUGAUUGUUAUUACUAUGUGUUUACUUCCUGCCAUUGGCUGUUGUCUGCUGUUUCUAGGCAAGGCUAAAGAGUUGGGAUCCAAACCCAUGAAGCUUGCACAGUGAUUUUGGGUAUUUCUAGGCAUGGGAUGCUGUGUAAACGCAAAAUGUUGGCCCAGGCAACAAAAUGGUUUAGAGCUGCCUAGGAAGAUGCUUUGGUGGGUGCUGAGCACUGUGCUGGCUUACAGUGCACAGUCCCUAAAGCCCUGAUGCACAGGAGGUGGUUGGGGUGGGACAGCUUUGUCAGCACUGCCUGUGGGCACUUCCAGGAGCUGGAAUUGAUCUUUCAGGCAUCUUUGCUAGCACAUCUGUGAAUCUGGAGCCCCAGAUCCUGUGUGAUUGCACAGGUGCUGACAUACUUUGUGUCUGUGGCUCCCUGAGUGCAGGUGACUCCACUGGAUUCGCUCACCCUCUGAAGGUGAGUGUGUGCCAUGACUGGUUGGUCUGAAGUAGAGAUAAAAGUAUGUAGAACACAUAGACAGCUGUGGUGUUUGUAAACAGACAUAUAAAAUCACAUAUUUCCCUGCAGCCUUUGGUGGUCCAUUGAAAAAUACUGUGAUAGUGGCUUUCUCAGUGAGUGAGUGAGGUGAGUCAGGAUCCCUCAGCAAGUUUCUUACAGUGUGUUGGUUGUGCUGGAUGUUGUGGGAGCACACAGGGCAGACAGCUGCUUUAGGAUGUUAGUUGUUGGUAAUCCCAGUAGUCUGGAGCUUGAAAUAACUGCAGCUUUCAAAUCAUAGAGUUACAGAAUGGUUGGAAAGAGCUUCUAAAGAUCAUCUAAUCCAACCCCCCACUAAAGCAGAUCCCACCUAGACAAGGUCACGCAGGAACGUGUCCAGGUGGGUUUGGAAACCUCUCGAGAAGGAGCCUUCACACCCUCCCUGGGCAGCCUGGGCUCCUUCACCCUCACAGUGAAGAAGUUUUUCCUUUACCUGAAACACUGCCAAGGGUUGGGUACUGCCUUUGUUUCCAGGAACUACAAUUAGUCUGCUCCUUGUUUGGCAAAUGGGAGUUUGAAGCAAGCCCCGAGUUUCCAGUAGGGUUUAGAUUGGAAGAAGUCUGUUGUUUGUUUUUCAUGUGGUGGCUGACUGUGUAACACUCUGCCCUGUCAGAAGGGAUUUGUUUACCCCUGUUGGACUCAGUGGCUGUGUCAGCAGAGCUCCCUGUUACCAUGGAUGCUGGGAUGUAUAGGUCCUACACAGAUCCCACAGAUGAGGUGCUUGAGUUAAAAACCAGCCCCGAUGUUUCAGGUCUGGAGGACUGUUUCCAUCCAGUUAUAACACUGCAAGUCACACAUUUGGAUCUUUAAAACCUUGGCAAUGUCCCUUCAGAUCUAUAUUCUCUUUAAAGAAUAUAUUGCCUGCAAUAUCUCUGCAGCAACAGCUCAGGCACAGAUUUCCUUUUGUCAGUGAUGGCUGCUCAAGUGUUUGUGACAGUUCCAUACUGUUUGCACUGAGAGGGCUGCAUCUGUCAGAUGCUAAAGCCUUACCAAAUAUUGCCUGCUGGAAAAGUGUGUGAUGUGCAGAUUUAUGCAAGGCAGCUCCCCAAGUGAGAUUUCUGUGGCAGGGGAUGGAUUCAAAUGAGCCUUGUCCUUAGGUGUUUGAAUAAGAAUUUGGGUCUGUUUUCUGACAAGUGGCUGCUCAGCCUCCCACCUCCUCCCAGUAGUGCAACUCAGCAUGGGAUUGAAAUAAAGCAAGUUUUGCUUGCUCAGUGCAGGGUUCCAGUGGCUGGCCCAGCUGCUGGUGUACAGAAUUUGAUACCCAUAGUGUAGGUGUGAGUUGUGCUUGUGUGUGCCAGCUCCUGGGAUCUGGAGAAGCACUAGUGCUGAAUCCUGAGGGCCAAGAGGCCUUUGAAUGACUGCAGUGGCUCUGUGGCAGUUCAGUGGUGCUCCAGGGAUUUGCUUAGUGCUGAGUGGACAGCACUAGGGGCUUGUUUUGGCAGCUCUGGCUCUGGUGAGGCUGUCAGUGUGUUCUCAUCUCCUGCCUGUGCUGCAGAGCUGCCUGUCUUGCUGACAAAGGGCAAGGAGCAGGCAUCUGUGUGGGUUUCAGCUCUUUCUGGAGGAUAGCAUGAGCACAGCUUUGAGCUUCCUGGAGGAGGUGGGCUGUGGUGUUCAGCUGGUGUCCUGUCAGGAGAAGAGGGUUCUUCUGUACUGCAUGGGUACAGUGACUCUAGUCUGUGCAGCUUUGCCUCACAGAAUCAUUACAGUUGGAAAAGACCUUUAAGAUCAAGUCCAACCUCACAGAGCCAGGCCAUCACUAAACUAACCCAUGUCCCUCAGCACCUCAUCUGUGUGUCUGUUGAAUAUCUCCAGGGAUGGUGACUCCACCAGCUCCCUGGGCAGCCCCUUCCAAUGCUUCAUAACCCUCUGGGUGAAAAAGUUGUUCCUCAAGUCCAAUCUAAACCUCCCCUGGUGCAACUUGAACCCAUUUCCUCAUGUCCUAUCAUUCAUUACUGGAGAGAUCAACCUCCACCUCACUACAACUCCCCUUUAGGUAGCUUUAGAGAGUGAUCAUGUCUCCUCUCAGCCUCUUCUUCUCCAGGCUAAAUGGGAGGCAACAUGAAUCUGUCUCGGUGCUCUUGGGCAGUGCUGCUACUGAUGGCCAUUGAGGAGGGUUUCUUUUGCCUGCCUUAUCUAUGGAAGUACCCUAACAUGAAGUGCUUCUCAGCAGAGGUUUCUGCAGUUUCCUGAGGAGUCUGAACAAGAAAUAGAAUGUCUGUGUACAGCACAGGAAUGUCAGUCAAGGAAAACACUCAGUAUGUCACUACAGUGCUAGUAGUACCACGUCCUGGUUGCCCCACUUGCAGAUCAUUAGAAUCAUAGAAUCACAGAGUGGCAGGGUUGGAAGGGACCUUUAGAGAUCAUCCAGUCCAACCCCCCUGCAGAAGCAGGUUCACCUAGAUCAGGUCACACAGGAACAUGGCCAGGUGGGUCUUGAAGACCUCCAAGGAAGGAGCCUCCACACCCUCCCUGGGCAGCCUGGGCCAGGGCUCCCUCACUGAAACACUAAAACAGUUUUCUCUUAUGUUUAAGUGGAGCUUUUUGUGUUCCAGCUUCAUCCCAUCACCCCUUGUCCUGUUGCUAUCUACUAUAGAAAAGAGGGAUAUCCCAACCUCCUGACACCCACCCUCAAUCUCCUCCAGACUAAACAGCCCCAGGUCCCGCAGCCUUUCCUCAUAUCAAAGAUGCUCCAGUCCCCUGAUCAUCUUGGUGGCCCUGUGCUGGCCUCUCUCCAGCACUUC